UAUCUUCACCAACAAUUUGGGAUCUGGAAUUAGCGAAGGAGAUUGCAGCAAUAACGGCACAGCCUCCCCGAAACGGUUUUGAGGAGAUGAUCCAGUGGACAAAAGAAGGCAUACUGUGGGAGUUCCCGAUCGACAAUGAAGCUGGGAUGGAGGAUGAUGCUGAAUUUCAUGAACAUAUCUUUCUGGAGAAACACCUUGAAGACUUUCCGAAGCAAGGACCUGUUCGCCACUUCAUGGAACUUGUCAUCUGUGGGCUUUCGAAAAACCCGUACCUCAGUGUUAAACAGAAGAUUGAACAUAUUGAGUGGUUUCAGAAGUAUUUUGAGGAAAAGAAGGAAUUUCUUCAAGACAUUUGA